AUGAGCGAUCGCUACCGGCGGCGGCAUAUCGAGGAACCAUCGCCCCCACGGCGGCGUCGGGGGGAGGACUCCCGAGACCGAGAUGUGCGGGACUACCGGGAGCGGGACGUCCGCGAUCGAGAUGGCCGGGAUCGAGGCUUGAAGGAUGGCCGAGACCGGGAUCGAGACCGGAGCACCCGAGACAGGGACGGCCGAGAUGGCCGAGACAGAGAUCGGGAGCCGAGGGAUCGGGAUAUCCGAGACCGAGAUACUCGAGAUCGAGAUCGAGAGGCUCGAGACCGCGAUGCCCGAGACCGGGAGUUUCGGGAGCCCCGAGAGCUCCCAAGGGAGCGGGAGAGGGACCGAAGAGAUCUGCUGCGCGAUCUCCCGCCGCGAGAGCGUGAGCCACGCACUGAGCGCACGGAGAGGGGGGCUCCCAGCGCUACACUGCAGGUUUCGCGGAUCCCUCCCAGCGUCACAGAGGAGCGGCUGGAGGCUGUGGCUUGGGACAUGGCAGUGGCUGCCGGCUCAUCGAUGCCAAACGCCGUGCGCUUCGAGUACGACCACGACCGCUUCUCCGGCACCGCCUUGUUGGAAUUCCCCCACAAGGACGCCGCCAAGAUGUUCAAGGAGCAUGUGGGAAGCUCUCUCGAUGUGGACAGCGUGCAGCUGGAGAUCAGGUACCACAAGGGAGCAGGUGAACCAAGAAGCCGCAGCCGCAGCCGCGAGCACGUGGACCGCGACGACCCCAGCGUAACCCUCAUCGUGAAGGGCAUUGCCUCCACCACGCGAGAGGACGCUGUCACCGGCGCCUUCCUUCCCUACGCCCAAAUCAAGGACGUGCGGCACUUUGCUCGGCGUGGCUUCGCUUUCGUUCAGUUCCACUCGGUCGAGGAUGCCAUCCGUGCCCUGAACCGAUUCGACAAAGAGGGCCGAAGUCGCAUCGACGGACAACGGGUCACGGCGAACUUUGCAAAAGAGCGCGAGGAGCCCUUCCGCGAAGGCCGAAACUUUUUGGUGGCUGAGCGCAACUUCCUGCAGAAGCAGGCGAUUGCCACUGCCGAGGCCGCCUUCAACUACGUGAGACCAUCGCGAGAAGGCGACACCCGCAAGACUGCAACUUAUGACCAGCAGCUCAAGACGAUCAUGAAGGAGGUCGAGGAGACGGACUCAGACGACGGGUGGAGUCCUAAGGUCACCAAGUUUGACCGGACCGGGCAUUAUGGCCACGUGCAGACAGUGGACGAAAGGGACGUGGAGCCGGCAGAUGUCUUCUUCAGUGUGGACAUGUACGACUCCGUCCUGGUCGCAGCUUUCGGCGGCGUUACCAUGAACCUCGACGGGUCGGAUGAGCUUCACGUGCAUCCUGGGGUCUUGUUCAUUUUCUGCCUGCCCCUGGUCAUCCUCCAGUUCUGGUUGACCUUCUGCACCACCUUCGGCAUGCCGGCCUACUGGAAACAGCUGGAUCCCAACGCAGAGGAGAGCAUGAUCAUCAGCAUGAAGCUCCUCCUGAUUGUUGUUGUGCAGCUGACGUUCUUCGACAACAUGCUGAUGACGCUCCGCUGCUUCGUCUUCGCGAUCAACCCCACCAGCUGGACCGAUGUCAAGCGCAUUGACCCCGACGACCCAAGGACGGGCCGCUCGCGACUGAAUGUGCUGCACUGGUCGCCGUUCCUGGCUCCUUUUCCGAUGCUGGCGCUUCUGGCCAAAGUUCUGAUGCAGUACUGGGUCUCUGUACAGUCCAACAGCAUCAUCCUCGCAAGCGACAACGUCAAAGAGGCCGUCUUUGACGCUUUGGCGAUCAGCUUCAUCGUAGAGCUGGAUGUCGCCAUGUGGAAUCUUGUGCGGACCAUCAUGCACCUGGACCAGUUUGAGGACUUCACCUUUCAGCUUUGGCCCUCGGACCGCCGUGAGACUGCCAUGCGCGAGUCGCUGAUUGUUCGCAACUUCGACUGCGGCAUGCUACACCGAGGAAAAGGCGCUCGGAGGGUCGAGAGCUUCGUGGUCUUCGGGGCGCUGUUCAUCAUCUACGCGAGGAUUACCCUCAUGACCUUCCAUGCCAUGGACACGGGGGUGCUCCCGUCGUCCAGGGAUGUCUGUGCCAUGUGGCAGUGGUACAACGGCCACUACGACACGUGGGAGCACCGUGUCAAGGGGGCUGUGGUGUUGGAGCUCAUCGAUCUCUUCUCUAGCAUGUCAAAAUUUCCUUGGGACAUCCGGAGCGAGAUUACCAAAAUGGCCGACCCGAACGUUGGCGGGUUUUGCGAAGGCAGCAACUUUCAGCCGAUGUCCGUCACGGUCGCUAUCGACAUCGUUGAGAGGCAUCCGAGGAGCAUGAUCGGCUUCCUGAUCGCCUUCUCAGCGCUGCUGUUGCUUCCGCAGCUCGUGUACUCCACUGGCGCCCUGCAGAAGGUGCUGAAGAACUUGGACGCUGCAGACUUGGUCGCUGAGGUUGAAAUUGAGGAGGAGGUCGAGGCCGAGGCCGCCAUCGAGCAAAGCCUGCUCAACCUCCGCAAGAUACAGCACAUGAGCCGUGUGUUUGGAGGCCACAUCAUCGACAACCGCGCUCGGAUCAAGAGGUUAGAGGGGAAGGUGAACGCCUUAUCUGGCGACGGCCAUGCGCGAAGUUCAAGCAAAGCCGCGAACAGCGCCGAGGUCUCCCGAAACACCAGCGCCGGCGCCGUUACGGCGCAGUCGUCUCAAUUUUCUGCUCGGGUGGUCGCCGCGGGUGGCUUGCCCUCCGCUGGUGCAUCCGAGGGUGCCGUGCAGAAGACACCCAGCGCCUACUCACUUCCCCGCCAGGAUGGCAUCCGAACACCUGGGGUGCCCAGCAACGGCGUGGUGCUGAAUGGGCAGCAAAUGCCGAUACUGACGCCUCCCUCGCCAGCAUACUCAGUGGUGCCAUAUACGCCUCUGAGGAGAUAG